AUGAUUCAUGGUCCCAGCGGGUCGUUUUACAAUUACGCCAGCUGUCGCAACAGCGACGGCAAAUGCACACGGAAGUGCCCACGAGAGUUCGUGAGCGAAACCAUUACAGGGAGCGAUGGCCAUCCACUGUACCAGCGAAGGAGUCUCGCUGAGGGAGGAUUUACAGCCGCGGCAGGAAGGUUCCGUAGACGAAAUCCAGGACUUCCUUGCAGGGCGCACAUAUUCAGCUUACCCAUCCACAAACCCUUCCCAGAAAUCGUCCAGCUUGCUGCGCACCUACAAAACGAGGAACUUCGUUAUUUUUCUGUGAAUACAACAGUGGAUGUGGCUGAAACGAGCAAUGACACAACGCUUAAAGCGUUCUUCAAACUUUGUCAACAGAACGAGUUUACUAGGACUUUACUGUACUACGAUGUGCCUUCAUUCUACGUGUUGACAAUAAAAAACACCUGGGCUCGUCGAAAUCGCUGGGCCAACGUCGAGGGCUAUCCACGUGUCAAAAAAGACGCCACACUCGGUAUGGUAUUCACGGUUCCCCCAUCACGACAGGAAUGCUUUUACUUGCGACUCCUUUUGCACGAAACCCUCCCCGUUGUACGCAAGGGGACAAGGGCCGACGCCAUUCGAGCGUGCUUGAAAUCGUCACACCUUUGCCCCACUGUUAGACCAUUUCCCCUUACCACCAUGCGUGCACACCUAACUGACGAUGUUGGGUCCGCCGAAUUUUCGAACGUAUGCAACCAAUCACUGAAUGCAAAAAAGGGACGCAUCUUUUGA